UCUAGAUCUAGCCACCACAAUACUCACAUAGACAAAGAAAGCCCUCACUGGGAGACUAGAGAUAAUCAACAAUUUCAAGCUCAUUUUGUCAAUGGCUUCAAUUGUUGAGCAAUGUGAAGUUGCACCACCUUCAUGUGCCACAGAUAAGUUGACACUCCCUUUAACCUAUUUUGAUAUGGUGUGGUUAAAUAACCAACGUGUACCUAGGAUUCUAUUCUAUAAGCUCCCUAUUGACAAAAAUAGUUUCAUCCAAAAAACUAUUCCUACUCUCAAACAUUCACUCUCCCUGACUCUCAAACACUAUCUACCACUAGCUGGUAACUUUGUUUGUCCAUUGAAUUCGACCGAUCAUCCUGAAUUACGUUAUGUGAAGGGAGAUUCUGUAUCUGUUACUUUUUCUGAAACUGACAUGGAUUUUGAUUAUCUUGUUAGUAAUGAUCAUCCACGUAACGCUAAGGAUAUUUAUCACUUUGUUCCUCACUUGACGGAACCUAAGGAUGUAUUAGGGGUCCAAUUUGCACCGGUUUUAGCUAUUCAGGUGACACUUUUUCCGAAUCAUGGCAUAUCUAUUUGUUUCAUUAACCAUCACAUCGUUGGUGACGGAUGUACUAUAGUAGGGUUCAUAAAGUCAUGGGCUUUGCUGAAUAAAUACGGUGGAAAUGAUGAGUUCAUGAUGAUUCCGUUUUAUGAUCGGUCUAUUGUUAAAGAGCCUUAUGGACUAAAAGGUUUACUAUGGGAUGAAAUGAAAGAACAUAAAAGUACUGCUGAUCAUGUAAUUUUGACACCUCCUGAUAACAUAGUUCGAGGUACUUUUAUUAUAACACGAAAUGAAAUUGAAAAACUCAAGAAUUUAAUAUCGUCAAGACGACCUAGCCUGACUCAUGUAACAUCAUACACCGUAACAUGUGGUUAUGUAUGGGCUUGCUUGAUAAAAUCAGAGGAUACUGAUACUGAUCAUAUAAUAAUAGAUGACAAUGUAAUGGAAUAUUUCUCAUGUACGGUUGAUUACAGAGCGCGAUUUGAUCCUCCACUUCCUUCAUCUUACUUUGGGAAUUGUGUCGUCUGGUACAUUGUAAAAACAAGGCAUGUUGAUUUAGUUGGAAAUGAAGGCUUUAUAAUCGCGGCAGAAUCAAUUGGAGAAACUAUUCAUAAAAGGAACAAGGAUAAGGAAUAUGUGUUGAGUGGUGAGUGGUUGAACGAAGACGAUCAUCGAUUUAAAUCUCUUUCAGUUGCUGGAUCGCCAAAGUUUGAUUUAUACGCCACUGAUUUUGGCUGGGGAAGGCCAGAAAAAUGGGAAUUCGUUUCUCUUCAAACUGGUAUAUUGAUGUCUCUUAUUAAGUCCAAGGACUCCAAUGGAGAUUUGGAAAUUGGUUUGUCUUUGCCUAAAACUCGAAUGAAUGCUUUUGCUGCUAUAUUUACCCACGGGUUAGAGGAGUUUAAGAUUUGAUGUAGCUUAUUCAACUUUUAUUCACUUAAAAUUCCUACUCUCUCAUGUAACUUGCCUUACUUUUU